AGGGGGAUGGGUUGGGAUGGUCAGCUUCUUCCCUCCGGAUACCUGCUGGAAUCUGGAAAGCCGUCACCCCUUUUACCCUCACAUUCCCCGGAGGUGGCGAGAGAGGCGCCCCACUGGCCUGGAGCCCAGCAGGCCCGGAUACAGUUGGGCGAAUGAGGUGACCAUGGCCUUGCUGGGGAAGCACUGUGACAUCCCCACCAACGGCUGCGGGUCUGAGCGCUGGAACUCCACCUUCGCCCGCAAGGACGAGCUCAUCAACAGCCUGGUGUCUGCCUUAGACUCUAUGUGCUCGGCGCUCUCCAAGCUGAACGCGGAGGUGGCCUGCGUGGCGGUACACAAUGAGAGCGUCUUCGUGGUGGGCACCGAGAAGGGAAGGAUGUUUUUGAACACGCGGAAGGAACUGCAGUCAGACUUCCUCAGGUUCUGCCGGGGACCCCUAUGGAAAGACCCAGAUGCAGGACACCCUAAAAAGGUGCAGCGCAGUGAGGGUGGUGGCCGGAGCAUCCCGCGGUCCUCUCUGGAGCAGUGCUCGGAUGUGUACCUGCUGCAGAAGAUGGUAGAGGAAGUGUUUGAUGUUCUUUAUAGUGAGGCUAUGGGCAGGGCCAGCGUGGUACCUUUGCCCUAUGAGAGGCUGCUUAGGGAGCCGGGGCUCCUGGCCGUGCAGGGACUGCCCGAGGGCCUGGCCUUCCGGAGGCCAGCCGAGUAUGACCCCAAGGCUCUCAUGGCCAUUUUGGAGCACAGCCACCGAAUACGGUUUAAACUCAGGAGGCCUCCUGAUGAUGGUGGACAGGACUCAAAGGCACUGGUGGAGAUGAAUGGUGUCACCCUGAUACCCAAGGGGUCCCGAGACUGCAGUCUGCACAGCCAGGCCUCCAAGGUCACUCCCCAGGACCUGCCCCCCACCGCCACCCCAUCCUCCGUGACCAACUUCCUGUACAGCACUUCAGUGCCCAACCACACCAUCCGGGAACUCAAGCAGGAGGCACCCACUUGCCCAUUGACCCCCAGCGACCUGACCUUGGGCUGGUCUGUACCUGAGUCCCAGGUCCCUAGUACCCAAGAUUUCUCCGACUGCUGUGGACAGAAGCCUGCAGGACCUGCUGGGCCUCUCAUCCAGAAUGUUCAUGCCUCCAAGCGUAUCCUCUUCUCCAUUGUCCAUGACAAGUCAGAGAAGUGGGACGCCUUCAUCAAGGAGAUGGAGGACAUCAACACCCUGCGGGAGUGCGUGCAGAUCCUGUUUAACAGCAGAUACGCGGAAGCCCUGGGCCUCGACCACAUGGUCCCUGUCCCCUAUAGGAAGAUUGCCUGUGACCCCGAGGCUGUGGAAAUUGUGGGCAUCCCGGACAAGAUCCCCUUCAAGCGGCCCUGUACUUACGGGGUGCCCAAGCUGAAGCGGAUUCUGGAGGAGCGGCACAGCAUUCACUUCAUCAUCAAGAGGAUGUUUGAUGAGCGCAUUUUCACAGGGAACAAGUUUACCAAAGACCCCGUGAAGCUGGAGCCAGCCAGCCCACCAGAAGACACUUCUACAGAGGUCUGUAGGGACACUAUGCUGGACCUGGCUGGGACUGCUUGGUCAGACAAGAGCAGUGUCUCUGAAGACUGUGGGCCAGGAACCUCAGGAGAGCUAGGAAUUUUGAGGCCCAUCAAAAUUGAGCCCGAGGAGCUGGACAUCAUUCAGGUUACUGUUCCAGACCCUUCACCAACUUCUGAGGAGAUGGCCGACUCACUACCUGGGCAUCUACCCUCGGAGGAUUCCGGUUAUGGGAUGGAAAUACCGGCUGAUAACCUAAAGGUGUGCUCUGUUUCAAGCCUAAGACCUCACACAUCCCAGGCAAGCACUCUCGAGCUGAGCUGCAUCCCCAGCCCUAUGUACAAAGGUCCCAGUGAGGAGCCAUGGCCAGAAGAGAGGCCGGCAGAAGAAAGUCCUGGUGAUGUGAUCCGGCCCUUGCGGAAGCAGGUGGAGAUGCUAUUCAACACUAAAUAUGCCAAAGCCAUCGGUACCUCGGAGCCAGUCAAGGUACCCUACUCCAAGUUCCUGAUGCACCCCAAGGAGCUGUUUGUACUGGGUCUGCCUGAAGGCAUCUCUCUUCGCAGACCCAACUGCUUUGGAAUUGCCAAGCUUCGGAAGAUUCUGGAAGCCAGCAACAGCAUUCAGUUUGUCAUCAAGAGACCCGAACUGCUCACUGAUGGUGUCAAAGAGCCUGUAACCGAGACUCAAGAGAGGGACUCCUGGGACCGUCUUGUGGACGAGACCCCGAAGAGACAGGGCCUUCAAGAAAAUUACGACACCAGACUCUCGCGGAUCGACAUCGCCAACACGCUUAGGGAACAAGUCCAAGACCUGUUUAACAAGAAAUAUGGCGAAGCUUUGGGCAUCAAAUACCCAGUGCAGGUACCCUACAAACGAAUCAAAAGCAAUCCAGGCUCGGUGAUCAUCGAGGGCCUGCCUCCCGGGAUCCCGUUCCGCAAGCCCUGUACCUUUGGCUCCCAGAACCUGGAAAGGAUCCUCGCCGUGGCUGACAAGAUCAAGUUUACAGUCACCAGGCCAUUCCAAGGACUCAUCCCAAAGCCUGAAAGCAUUAUCUGGAGUGCUGCCCUGCAGGCCGGGGCCACCUGGGAGAAGCAUAUGCCAGUUCUUCAGUGCUAUUUUCUCCCUGCAGAUGAGGAUGACGCCAACAGACUCGGGGAGAAGGUGAUCCUCCGAGAGCAAGUGAAGGAGCUCUUCAAUGAGAAAUAUGGUGAGGCCCUGGGACUGAAUCGGCCUGUGUUGGUCCCUUACAAACUGAUCCGGGACAGCCCAGAUGCUGUGGAGGUGAAAGGCCUCCCGGAUGACAUCCCCUUCCGGAACCCCAACACCUAUGACAUCCAUCGGCUGGAGAAGAUCCUGAAGGCCAGGGAGCAUGUGCGGAUGGUUAUCAUCAACCAGCUCCAACCUUUUGCCGAAGUCUGCAAUGAUGCCAAGGUGCCAGGGAGUUCAGGAGGCCGACGCAGAACGGCCCCCAGCAUCCGGUCUCAGCAACUGUUUCUCCCAUCAGCCAAAGACAUUCCCAAGCGCAAGAGGAAACGGGUCUCGGAAGGCAACUCAGUCUCCUCCUCUUCCUCUUCUUCAUCCUCGUCCUCUAACCCAGAGUCUGUGGCAUCCACCAACCAGAUCUCCCUCGUGCAGUGGCCAGUGUACAUGGUGGACUAUUCCGGACUAAACGUGCAGCUUCCAGAUCCCCUCGACUAUUAGACCUCAGAGCCGAAUCAGGACCUCAACUCAGAAAGACUAAAGGAAAUGUAAUUUAUGUACAAAGUAUAUUCGGAUAUGUAUCGAUGCCUUUUAGUUUUUCCAAUGAUUUUUACACUAUAUUCCUGCCGCCAAGGCCUUUUUAAAUAAGUAAAAAAAAAAAGAAAAAAAGAAAAAGAAAAAAAGUGUGGCCUUUAUCUUAUUUUUUUUUUACAGUGGUUAUAUGUUAUGCUUUUGGUGGUGUGGCCCCAACCACUGAGGGAUUGAGUCAGGCAAGACACCAGCUCAGGUGCCUUGAUUUCAUACUCUGGGGUCUCACUGUGAUGUCCAGGGACAGAACUUGUUUUCUUUAUUGCCAAGGGACUAGUGGCCACAGAGUGCUUGCCCGGCUCUCACAAAGCCAUGGGUUCCACCCCGGCGUUGCAUAUCCGGGACGUGAUGGUGCACACCUGUAACCCCAGCACUCAGGAAGUGGUGACAGGAGGAUCAGGACUUCCCAUCUGGGACUGGGGAAAGUAUGCCUGCCUUUGCAUGCAUGAUCACCUGACUUCAGAAUCCCAGUAUACGGGUUAAAAAGCUGUGCGCCGUGGCAUGGCAUCCGCCUAUAACCCCAGUGAUGGGAGGCUGGAAACAAGAGGAUCCCUGGAGCUUGCUGGCCUGCUAACCUAACCGUGAGCU